GUUUACUACUACUAUAUGGCGGAUUCGGCAGCACUGAAAGUGGGGUAUUACGGAUCAACAUGUCCUUCAGCAGAAACUAUAGUGAAGAAUGCUGUGAACAGAGCUGUGUGUGAAAAUCCUGGCGUUGCAGCUGGCCUCAUUAGAAUGCAUUUUCAUGACUGUUUUGUUAGGGGCUGCGACGCGUCCGUACUACUGGACUCAACGCCCGGGCGCCCAUCCGAGAAAGAGAACGUGGCCAACAACCCAAGCCUAAGAGGCUUCGACGUUAUCGAUGACGCCAAGGCCCAAAUCGAAGCCCAAUGUCCUCAAACCGUCUCCUGCGCCGACAUCCUCGCCUUCGCCGCACGCGACGGUGUCACCGCUCUCGGCGGCGCCGAUUACUCUGUCCCCGCUGGCCGCCGAGACGGCCCAGUCUCGCUCGGAGACGAACCAUCCCGACAUCUGCCCAGCCCUUUCUUCAACGCCACACAACUCCGAGACAGUUUCGCCCUGAAAGGCCUCACCUUGGCCGAAAUGGUCACGCUCUCCGGGGCCCACUCGGUCGGGUUGUCUCACUGCUCUUCGUUCUCGACUCGACUGUACUCGUUCAACGCUACCCACCCUCAGGACCCUUCGAUGGAUCCAGAUUUCGCUCGGGAGCUGAAGAAGAAGUGCCCUGAUUCGACGCGUGGAAACGACGCGCCACUGGUGCCUCUUGAUGGGCUGACGCCAAAUAGGCUUGAUAAUAAGUAUUACGUGGGUUUGAAGAACGGCCGUGGAGUUUUGAGUUCGGAUCAAAGUCUAAUGAGUAGUUCUCUGACCGCAAAAAUGGUGAGGAACAAAGCCAGGCGUGGCGAAGCUUGGGGGAAGAAGUUUGCUGAGGCUAUGGUGAAAAUGGGCUCCAUUGAUGUCCUGACCGGAAGCUCAGGGGAGAUCAGGAAGAACUGUAGAUUUGUGAAUUGAUUAACAUUAGCUGUUACAUCUUCCCUUUUUAUUAUAUAAUUAACCUCAAAUUGUCUAAUUGUGUGAUUAUUAUAGUGAGUUUCAAGUAAAUGAAUAUAUGUGAUUCUGUGCUUAAAAGUAUAUUCA